UCUUGUUCAGACGGUGAAUCCGUACGCCUCCAGCCGGAUUCCUGAAAACCCGAACAUUCCUCCAGAUCUGAAUUCCCUCUUCGAUUGCAGGCUAAAGUCAAGGUUUCUCGAUUCCAGUGAAUAACAGAGAGCGGCCGAGGCCUUCGAAUUCUCAUACAUCUUGCAUGCUACGGGAAACGUCUGAGACUUGCGUUUGGCGGAGCAUGGAAUCGGAAGGGAGCGAUGAUUUUCCAUCAGUAGUCGAACUGAAUGUCGGAGGUGUUUUAUACACCACAUCCUUAAGCACACUCACCAAAGACACUAAAUGUCUUUUGGGCCAAAUCUUCACGGGCAAAGAAGGAAUUGGAAAAGAUGCCAAAGGACGUUAUUUCGUGGACAGGGAUGGCGUCCUCUUUCGGUAUGUCCUCGACUUCCUGAGGAACCAGAAGCUUGUACUUCCGGAAAAUUUCCACGAGAAGGAGCGCCUGAAGAACGAGGCUGAAUAUUUCAACAUGGCUGAUUUAAUAGCUUGUGUAAAUUCCCUAUCGACGGCAGCACCCCAGCCCGUGUCUCUACCCAGAAUGUCUUCCGUGUCCACACCAACAUCACCAGGUGGUCUGAUGCAAGCUACAGGUCAGCCUGGAUAUCUGACCAUCGGAUAUCGUGGAUCGUUUGCUUUCGGACGCGACGGACUGGCUGAUGUCAAGUUUCGGAAGCUGACGAGGAUAUUAGUCUGUGGGCGAGUGACCUUAUGUCGAGAGGUCUUUGGAGAUACUUUAAAUGAGUCCAGAGAUCCCGAUAGGGUCAAUGAAAAUCGAUACACAGCAAGGUUUUUCUUGAAGCACAAUUUCCUGGAGCAAGCGUUCGAUAAUUUGCAAGAAUCUGGAUUCCGCUGUGUGGCAGCAGCUGGAUCCGGGACAUCCGGGAGUGGAAAUGAGCCUCUCAAGCCGGGGAUUGACUUUGAGGAGAAUCGAUGGAAUCACUACAAUGAGUUUGUCUUUGUGAGACCGUGAGUGAGAGACAAAAUGCGAUCGAAUCGGUGAGACCGCGAUUUCAAAACUUAUUAAAAAGAUUUAAAUAAAUUCCCAUUAAAAAAAUGAGCAUGAAUAAUAACAAAAAAG